GGCAUUGACCGGAUUGCAUAAUUUACCUGGCCAAUCCUCCUCCUCGUCGACUUCCAUAUGCGUCCUGUGCGGUGGUGAUCAUCGCUUAUAUGAUUGUGCGACCUUCUUGGCAAAAUCAAUCGCUGACAGGACCGCCGAGGUGCAAGAACAUUUACGUCUUCUGCACGCUGCCCCACAGUUACUACUGUCCACUGUCAGAGAGUUCGUCUGGCCCAUAGCGGGCAGAGAUCUGGCACGUGCUACUGUGAGACAAUGCAUUGUAUGCAGGCGGGCAAGUGCUAAGAUGCUUGCACCUAUGAUGGGCGCAUUACCCAGUCAACGCGUUGAUCCUGACUUCCCCUUUAUAAGUGCUGGUAUUGAUUUUUGUGGACCUUUCUUAAUAACUGAUAGGAAGGGUAGAGGGUGUAAGAUAUCGAAAUGUUAUAUGUGCGUUUUUGUCUGCCUCAGAUACAAAUGUUUGCAUUUAGAAGCCGUAAGCGACCUCACCAAAGAGGCAUUCAUAUUAUCGUUGCGUCGUUUUAUCUCUCGCCGAGGUAAGCCGAAGGAGAUUUUCUGCGAUAAUGGCAGAAACUUCGUAUCUGCAUCCAAAGAAAUUACAGAAUUUGUGAACUCUCAUGCUGAUGGCGUCGGUGGAUUCCUUUCUAGUGAAGGGAUUGAUUUUAAAUUUCAACCGGCAUAUGCACCACACUUCGGGGGUCUAUGGGAGGCGUCAGUCAAAUCAGCCAAAUUUCAUUUGAAAAGAAUUCUCGAUAACACUCACUGCACAUUUGAAGAAUUAGCUACUUUGUUUAAUCAAAUCGAAGCCAUACUCAAUAGCAGGCCUUUAUGUCCCUUAUCUUCCUCUCCUGAUGACCUUGCUCCUCUGACUCCCGGACACUUCCUCAUUGGAAGACCUUUGACGUCGUUGCCAUCACCUAACUACAUGCAACUUAGUACCUCUAGAUUGAACCGAUACCAACACUUGGAGCAGAUUCGUCAACAUUUUUGGAAUCGAUGGCAGCUAGAGUACUUGAACGAAUUACAGCAAAGACACAAAUGGCGCGUACCAGCAAGAUCAAUCCAGAAUGGUGACUUAGUUCUACUGAAGGACGAGAAUAUUCCACCGAUGCAAUGGCGGACGGGUCGAGUCAUCAACCUAUUUCCAGGAAAGGACAAUAUCGUGCGAGUAGCCGAAAUCAAAACUUCGACUGGCGUUUAUCGGCGUGGACUUCGAUAUCUUUGUCCUCUAUUGGAUACUGCAGAAGAUUCUUCAUUGGAAGCAAAUGCUUCCAAGGCCCCGGAGGAUGUUAAGGAUCUCUAAAUCCCCCUCCAAGCGGGUUUUAUUCUCGCCCACCACCGAGCUUCACUUCAUCGAGCGAUCGCAAACGCAUGCAUAUACAUUUUAACGAUUACAUACUAUACAUUAUCUACUCCAAUAUAUAACCACAUUGUUAUUUGUUCUUCAGUUGUUUGUCUUUAAUAAACCUGUAAAUGCGA